UUAAACUGUAUUGUAAGUCUCAGAUUCAGACUGUCUUGCCUCGCGUAGCAUUUCAACCUCUGGUUUUUUCCUUUAUCGUUCUUCCUUGUCUCCUUCAUCUUUUCUUCGCUGACUUUUUCGGCGAAUCGGCUUGAGAUCUUGGUGAUCUAUCGUCGGAAAUUUCUUUUGGAUUCUGGCAACCCUAUCCUUCGAUCCUUUUUUUGUCUUCAGGCUACAAUGAACCCCGAAUACGACUAUCUGUUCAAGCUUCUGCUUAUUGGAGAUUCUGGUGUUGGGAAAUCUUGUCUUCUUUUGAGAUUUGCUGAUGAUUCAUACAUAGAAAGUUACAUAAGCACCAUUGGGGUUGAUUUUAAAAUACGCACUGUGGAGCAGGAUGGGAAGACAAUUAAACUUCAAAUUUGGGACACUGCUGGGCAAGAACGGUUCAGGACAAUCACCAGCAGCUACUACCGUGGGGCUCAUGGCAUAAUAAUUGUUUAUGAUGUGACAGACCAAGAAAGCUUCAAUAAUAUCAAGCAAUGGCUAAAUGAAAUUGAUCGUUAUGCUAGUGAUAAUGUCAACAAACUACUGGUUGGAAACAAGUGUGAUCUUACAGCAAAUAAAGUUGUGUCAUAUGAGACAGCCAAGGCAUUUGCAGAUGAAGUUGGCAUACCUUUUAUGGAAACCAGUGCAAAAGAUUCCACAAACGUUGAACAGGCUUUCAUGGCCAUGGCUGCUUCCAUCAAGGAUAGAAUGGCAAGCCAACCAGCCACGAUCAAUGCUAAGCCUCCAACAGUGCAGAUACGAGGACAGCCUGUUGCACAAAAGAGUGGAUGCUGCUCUUCCUAAAAAGUCUAUUUCUUCUCCGGCAUGCUGCCUCUUGUGGCGUGUAAGAUUACAUGUUUCUUAACUCGUCAGUUCCAAACUUAUUUCUCCUGGACCAAACCUGAUCCGAGGUUCUCAUUCAUUUCUACACUUAUUAAAGUGAUGGCUUGUACAAUGUAUGAUUGUCGAUUAAAUUCUAGUGUUCUUUCUUCAUA